CCAGUUCGGGCCUCAGUUGGUUGAAGAAGAAAGAAUCAAUUGAAGGAGUUUUGAGAUAUUUUGCAAGUGCCUUGAUGGCAUUUUUUUUCAAGCUUCUCUCUGCAUUCCGAGUUUUUGGUUGUAGACAAAGCAGCAGGGUUGAGGCAAUUUAUCCUUCAUACACAGUACAAUCUCAAGCUGAAAGUAAUCAAGUUGUUGAGGAUGUUAAAGAAGACAAAGUUAAUCCUUGUUUAGAGCGUAUACGGAGGCUUGAGCAAAUGUUUACAGAGCUCAAGAGCAAACAUACUGAGAUUCCUGUAGAGAAGGAGCGUGUGCUCAUGGACUCUUGGGAUAGAAUCAAAUCUAUUGAGUUUGAUCUUGAUAAGACCAAGAGGGUUCUGAAGUCCACUGUAAUCAAGCAAAUGGAGAUUGCUGAAACUUUUAGUGCUGUGCAGGAGUCCACCAUUAGGAAAAGAUCAAAAUGUUGAGAAAUUAGAGUAUUGCUCCCCAAAACAAAAGAAAAUCUAAACAAACAAUCGUUUGGUUCCCAUUUUUAUGGGUGGAUCAAUCAAAUUUAGGAGAGCAGCAUCCACUUUUACAUUGAAGAUUUUUUAUUGCUCCAUCUGAUCAAAUGAUGACAUCGAAGGAGCUUUUAUGUCAGUUUUUUCUUUUUUUCUGGGGGAGUUCGGCAUUUUUGAAGAAAAUAAUAGCAGAAAGAAAAGUGGCUGUAAAUGGUUGAUCUUCAUCAGAGCUGAUUGAGAGAGACAGGCUUGCUUCACGUUGGAGAGCUGUAAAUUUGAGGUCCUGCAGAACAGUUUUUCAUGGAGCCAAGCAUGAUUGACAUUAUUCUCUUCUUUUUAAUUCUUUUUUUUUAGCAGUUCAUCAUAUAAUUUUCACAUGUAAAGAGAAUGGUGGUAAAGAUGAAGGGAUAAAUUUAGGUCUAGGAAAAAGUGGCAAAGGGAACUAUAGAGGAGAUUUUUGUUGCUACAAAAUGAAGUUUUUUGACCCCCCCUUCAUUAGUUUUGUGUG